AUGGAAAUCUUUAUUAUUUUCAUCCUCUAUAUCUGGCUACCCUGUGCUUUCAGUCAGUCGGUGACACAAACCCCGGCAGUGGUGACCAUGAAGGAAUGUCAGUCUCUCAGCAUCACCUGUGUUUAUUACGGUCACAACUGGGGUUAUCGUUUCCAAGAUGGAUAUUUUCUCAAGCAAACCCAGGGCAGAUCAGAGCGGAUGCGGAUCUUUAACGGAGGGAGAUUUGUUGUACGGAUGGUUAAAGAAGAAAAGACUUUUUCACUGGAGAUUCAGGACGUAAGAAUUGAAGACACUGGCACAUAUUACUGUAAAGCACAUUACUACGACAACACACAGAGUGACGGCCGAAUAAAAUGGUCACUGUGUGGCAAAUACGGUACUGUGGAUGGAUCCGGGACCGUGGUGACUGUCACAGCAGAUUCCAGUUCUCUGGUGUCUAACAGUCCACCUUUACAAACCUCCACUGCUGGCGAAACUGUUACUUUAAGCUGGAAAUAUUCAGGCUUCUGUCAUUACACAGUAUAUUGGUACAGUCAGGCAACUGGUCAAGCUCUGAAACACCUACUUCAGAGACACACUUCAGAAGAGGAGAAUCAAAAUGAUGUUGCAGGGGGAAAACUGUCCGCUUCCAUCAAUUCUGCAACAAAAGUCAUUCAGCUAAAGAUCUCGAAAAUGCAACUGGGGGACUCCGCCGUGUAUUACUGUGCACUGAGUCGGCGCUCAGCAAGCACAGUGAAACAAAGGACGGAGCGAGCUGUACAAAAUCUUAUCACGGUAGGAUUACAGACACAGUGA